CUGAUAUGAGAUUUGACUUAGGUUGUUUUGUUGUCAUUAUUUUGAACCGUACAAAAAACUGUAAACUAUUUAUAAGUUGGUCCAGACUCACAGUAUCUCACAAGUCACAACCCCACCAUGCAUGUCAUAUCUCUUUCGUUAUCCUCAAUAUUCUUUUUCCUCUUCCUCACAUCAACCAUUUUGAUUUCUCCGGUACAACCCACAACCUCUAAGCCUCCGGCACCACGGCCCCACAGAGAGCUCUCCGCCGAUUACUACUCCAAGAAAUGUCCUCAGCUUGAAACUCUCGUCGGUUCCGUCACUUCUCAGCGGUUCAAAGAAGUCCCCAUCUCAGCUCCAGCCACCAUUCGCCUCUUCUUUCACGACUGCUUCGUUGAGGGUUGUGAUGGGUCGAUAUUGAUAGAAACAAAGAAAGGAAGCAAGAAAUUAGCAGAGAGAGAAGCAUAUGAGAAUAAGGAAUUGAGAGAGGAAGGAUUUGAUAGUAUCAUCAAGGCGAAGGCCUUGGUUGAGUCUCAUUGCCCUUCUCUCGUCUCUUGCUCUGAUAUUCUCGCUAUUGCCGCUCGAGAUUUCAUUCAUCUGGCAGGUGGGCCUUACUAUCAAGUGAAAAAAGGAAGGUGGGACGGAAAAAGAUCAACGGCAAAGAACGUCCCUCCAAACAUACCUCGAUCAAACUCCACCGUUGAUCAACUCAUCAAGCUCUUCGCGUCCAAAGGACUAACCGUAGAGGAACUCGUCGUCCUUUCUGGUUCCCACACCAUCGGCUUCGCCCAUUGUAAAAAUUUCCUUGGUCGUCUCUACGACUACAAAGGCACAAAACGACCCGACCCGAGUCUUGACCAAAGAUUACUAAAAGAGCUCCGGAUGUCUUGUCCUUUUUCCGGCGGAAGCUCUGGAGUCGUCCUUCCGCUCGACGCUACAACUCCGUUUGUGUUUGAUAAUGGAUAUUUCACAGGUCUAGGAACCAACAUGGGCCUUCUCGGGUCGGACCAAGCUUUGUUCCUUGACCCGAGGACGAAGCCCAUUGCACUUGAGAUGGCAAGAGAUAAGCAGAAGUUUCUCAAGGCGUUUGGAGACGCUAUGGAUAAAAUGGGUUCCAUUGGUGUAAAGAGAGGGAAGAGACAUGGGGAAAUACGUACGGAUUGUCGAGUCUUUUUAUAGAUUUUCUUUAUUGUCUUGUCUGAUGGUUUUUGUCUUGAUCUUGAUGUGUUCUGUGUCAUGUGUCCUUUAAUUUAUUAGCAUUUUCGUGAUUGUUUUGUUGAUAGUAUAAGGUAUUUUUUUAAAGCAACACUAACUUAUCGAGAAUUAAGACUAUCUUUAUCAAUGGACUCUUACAUGUAGUUCUAAACAAUUUUG